UAAAAAACUCCCUGAUCCCGUUUGCGGCCGGCAGCGUCGCGCACAUCUGCCGCUUGGCUCCCCCUUUGCCCCGUUUCGCCGUCCGGCCGCGCUUUAUUCCGUUUUAGGUUCGUUUCGCGGAAGCCUUGCUAUUUUACUACUUUGAAUUUAAAAUUUCCUGUGUGUGUUUUAGAAGCGCUGGGUAAAUGCAUGGACUCAGGGUAGAAGCUUUAAAUCACUUAUCUCUUGCUGUAGAAUAGUUUUUCCCCCCCCAGUUUUCGGAUAUAGAAAGUGGAAGCAAACAUCUGGAAUUUCUGCAAGGGACGCAUUUUAAAGCUUUGUUUUUUUUUUUUUUUUACUAUUAAAAAGUUCGGUGCGUCCCGAUACGGAGUGAGUAUGGCUUGGCUGAGAUGGGACAUUUUGCUCCCGGUGUGGGUAUUUGUCUUGCCGGCAUUCGCGUCCCCGGAGCAGAGCGGGUUCAGGAGAUACUACGUCCUGCAGCCCGGCAUGUCCGGGACACUCUCUUCCCGGGCCGGCUCCGCAGCGCAGCCCCGCUCCUACAACGUGGAGCUGACUGCCAGCAUCGGCGGCCAGGUCCGCAGUCGCAGGAUGGGCAGCCAGGCGAACCCAAAUCUGCCUCUCCGCCAGGAUUCCAAGUUCAUGCAGCAACAUCAACAGCAGCAGACGGCGCACCAAAUUAAAAUAUCAGGGAUUAACAUCUGUGGUGGUCAGUGCUGUCAUGGAUGGAGCAGGGCUCCCGGAUCACAGAGGUGUACAAAACCCACUUGCCAACCCCAGUGUCAGAAUGGCGGAAUGUGCCUCCAGCCCCAGCUGUGUGUCUGUAAGCCAGGCUCCAAGGGUAAGGCCUGCGAGCUGAAGACCACGGCAUCAUCCAACCCGACCACGACGGGAAACGACCGGCCCAACGGGCAUGGUGUGGUACUGCAGCACCCCAUCCCCCAGCAGGCAUCCCCUCUGAGUCACACCCAAGGCCAUACUCUGGUCCCCCACAGCAGCGUGGCACAGAUGACACUCACUGUGAAGCAGUCACCACAGCUCAUCCGUCCCCAGCCGGUUCGAACUUCCCUCUCCAGGACAGCCUACCAGGGCCAGAGCCAGCAGUUCAUUGUCAAGCCCAAGUACUACCCCUCCUCGAACCACCCGGUGGACCGUGCCAUCCCCCUGUCUGGGGGCUAUGGCUCCACCAAUGGGGGCAACCACACGGGUCGGAUCAGGGUAGUCUUCACCCCAAGCAUCUGCAAGUUGACCUGCAGUGGAGGCAAGUGCCAGAACAGCUGUGAAAAGGGCAACACCACCACCAUCAUCAGCGAGAACGGGCAUGCCACGGACACUCUCACUGCCUCCAACUUCCGAGUGGUGGUCUGCCACCUGCCCUGUAUGAAUGGGGGCCAAUGCAGCAACCGUGACCAGUGCCAGUGUCCACCUACCUUCACUGGAAAGUUCUGCCAGUUGCCUGUCCAUGGCGGAUCCCAGAAGACCCUCUCCGUCAGCCAUGGCCGGGCCACGCAGGUGCACUCCACGCACACCCUGCCGCUCACCUUUGGAGGAGGCCAGAACCAAGUAAAGUUCACACCCAGCAUUGUGAACAUUCAUGUAAAGCAUCCUCCUGAGGCGUCCGUGCAAGUCCACCAGGUCUCACAGCUGGAUACCAAUGGACAGCAGGUUAAGGGCUCCCAGUCAGGCUACACCACCCACAAGGGCCAGCAGACCCACCAUGUCUACCCCAACCAGCAGACUUUCAUCCAUCACUACCCUGUCACCUCUAAGAGCACAUUGGGCCGCUGCUUCCAGGAGACCACUGGGAUGCAGUGUGGGAAAAUGCUUCCUGGCCUGUCCAAGCAGGAGGACUGCUGUAAUUCCAUCGGCACCUCCUGGGGUUUCCACAAGUGCCAAAAGUGCCCCAAGAAACACUCUAUCCCUCUGACAGAUGCGAGACACGGAAUGGACUGUCCCCAAGGAUAUACGCGAAUCAACAACUCGCACUGCCAAGAUAUCAAUGAGUGCCUUCUGCAAGGUGUGUGCCACAACGGAGACUGUCUGAACACCGUAGGUAGCUACAGGUGCACAUGCAAGGCGGGCUUUGUACCUGAUGCCACACUCACCAACUGCAUCUCCGAUACCCCCAUGGUCCAUGAGCAGGAGGGGGCUUGUUUCCGCUUUGUCAGCUCAGGGAGGCAGUGUUUGCACCCAUUGUCAGUCCAGCUGACCAAACAGCUGUGCUGCUGCAGUGUGGGCAAGGCCUGGGGCCCAAGCUGUGACAGGUGUCCCAUUCCUGGAACAGCUGACUUCAAGGAUAUCUGCCCCGGAGGAAUGGGCUACACCGUCACAGGAACCUACAGGCCAAAACCCUUCAACCAGCCGAAUUUGGUCAUCCCCCAGAAGCCCCUGGUGCCUCUUCUUCCUUCACCCACGGUAGAGAGGCAUGUUGAGGCCCUCAGCAUCACUGAAAGGCAGGUCCCAGCCAUCCCAGUAGUUACAACAGCACCUGAGCAGGAGCUCAUUGUUUUUGGUGCUAAUAAUAAGUCAGGGGGCGCGCCUGGCCAGCCCCAGCUGUCCCCUGGUGUCUCGACCAUACGGAUGGAGCCCAUCUACCCAGAGGUAGUGGAGAAGACCUCACCGCCCGCCCCUGUGGCCAUCCUGCCGUCCAGCGCCAGCCAGGACAUUGCCCCCACCCAGCUGGCAGAGGUGAACGAGUGCCUCCUGAGCCCUGAUAUAUGUGGCCCUGGGAUAUGCUACAACACUCCAGAAGGCUACAUCUGUGUAUGCCAUGAGGGUCACCAGCUGGAUGAGGAGAAGACCACCUGCCAAGAUGUGAAUGAGUGCCAAGACCCCAAUGUCUGCGGCCAGGACAGCCUCUGUGUCAACACACCAGGUUCCUACACCUGUGAACAAUGUCCAAACGGUUACAGGAUGAGCCACAUGGGCCGCUGUGAAGAUAUUAAUGAAUGCUUGGACCCUGAUAUUUGCCCAGCUGGGAUGUGCACCAAUACCCUUGGGUCCUUCAUUUGCGACCCCUGCCCUGAAGGCUUUGAGGGUCGCGGAGGCCUUUGUGUUGAUAUCGACGAGUGCCGGGACCCUAGCAUGUGCGCCAAUGGCAACUGUGCCAACCUAGAAGGCUACUUCCUGUGUACCUGUCACAGCGGAUAUGAGUUGACAGUGGAUGGCAGAGCAUGCACAGACAUGGACGAGUGCCAGGAUGAGAAGGUAUGUGCCAUGGGUCACUGCCAAAACACCAAGGGCUCCUUCGUGUGCAGCUGCAGUCCCGGGUUCAAGCUCUCUCCUGCUGGCAACCAGUGUGAUGAUGUGGACGAGUGCAAGGAGCUGCUGCAGGCCUGUGGGGGUGUGGCUGACUGCAGGAACAGCCUGGGCUCCUAUUUCUGUGUGUGCCCCCCCGGCUUCCAUCUGUACAACAGCACCCACUGUGAGGACGCAGACGAGUGCGUGGAUGACCCAGAGCUGUGUGGUCCUCAAGGCACAUGCAUGAACAACCAAGGCUCCUUCCUUUGUGUCUGCAAUGCUGGCUUUGCGACAGACUUGGACCCCCACACCUGUCAAGAUGUGGACGAGUGCUCGGGUGGAAUCCGCUGUAGCAGUGGCUCCUGCAUCAACACUGAAGGCUCCUACCACUGCCAGUGCGAGCAAGGCUAUCGCCUGCAGGUAGACAACAGCACUUGCCUGGAUGUGGAUGAGUGUGAGGAGUUUGGGCAGAAUAUUUGUGAGGGGUGGCGCUGUGAGAACACUCUGGGCUCGUACCGAUGCAGGGCCGACUGCCCCCCAGGCCACCGCCUGGGGCAUCAUGGAGGCUGUGAGGAUGUGAACGAGUGUGAACUGUUCAGCGGGCUGUGUGGCGAGGCGGUCUGCAACAACCUGGAGGGGUCCUUCCAGUGCGUGUGCCCCAAAGAGAAUCAGGAGUACGACCAGAUGACAGCAAAGUGCAGGCCUGCCCCCGCAGCCACCUCAGUGGAGCGCAAAGAGUGCUACUAUAACCUGAACGACGAGAAACUCUGUGACAAUGUGCUGGCCAGCAGCGUGACCCUGGAGGAGUGCUGCUGUACGCUGGGGGCCGGCUGGGGGGACAACUGUGAGGUGCACCCCUGCCCUGUGGAGGGCACCGACCAGUUUAAGCGGAUGUGUCCAGGUGGGAAAGGAAGUGUCCCCACCAGUAACGUGGCUGGAGCAGGGACAUCACCCAGCUACAGAGACGCUGACGAGUGCGCCCUGUUCAGCCAGGAGGUCUGCAAGGGCGGCUUCUGUCUGAACACGCCGCUGGGUUAUGAGUGCUACUGCAAGCAGGGCCUCUUCUACGACGACGUCAAGCUGCAGUGUCUCGACAUCGAUGAGUGCCUGGACACAGAACUCUGUAUGGGAGGCAAGUGUAUCAACAUGCCGGGCUCAUUCAUGUGCUUCUGCCUGCCCCCCCUGGAGCUGGACCACACCCAACAGCGCUGCGUGUCCUCGUCCCCUCUCACAUCUCGGCCCCCCACCGUGGCUCAUCACGAGUCACCAGAGAUGGGGGAGAUCUUCCAGAGCAUCUGCUGGCAAAAAGUGACCCGGACACUGACCUGUGGCGGCCCCAUGCUGGACAGGCCAACCACCUACACUGAGUGCUGCUGCUUAUACGGCGAGGCCUGGGGCAUGGAGUGUGCACUCUGCCCCCGGGUGGACACUGAGGAUUAUGCCACCAUGUGUAACUUGCCCUAUCCUGGAGUUCAGCGCCCAUACGGCCGGGACGCACUGACUGCCGGUGACGUGGACUAUUAUGAAGCUGGUCCAGACUUCGCCCCAGGAGCCCAGAGCCCCAGUCCCAUCCGCUUCUAUGAAGACAAGGAGGAAGCAGGCCAGAGACCUUUUGAGGGCCUACGAGCCGAGGAGUGCGGGGUGCUUGACGGCUGUGAGAACGGCCGCUGCGUGCGGGUACAGGAUGGCUAUACCUGCGACUGCUUCGACGGCUACACCCUGGACAUGUCGCACAUGGCCUGUAUUGAUGUAAACGAGUGCUCUGAGCUCAACUCACGAAUGGUGCUGUGCAAGAACGGCAAGUGCAUCAACACACAGGGGUCCUACAAGUGUGUGUGCCUGCCAGGGUUCGUGCCCUCAGCACGCCCCAACUACUGUGUGGCCAUCGAGAAGGUGACAGAGUGACCCAGGCUGCCCACAGGGGGCGACACAAGAACACAAACAUUAAACAAAAACACUUAUUUAAUCUAAGCCCAUAUACUCUGCACUGUAUAAAGUAAACUUAAUGAAACAAAAAUAAUCUUACUUGAGAUGAAGAUGAAAUUUAACCUACUAUGAGGCAUCUGUAUGGAGAAGUGAAACACAGAAUUGUAUAAAUAUGUGUUGUUGUUUUUUUCAUUUGAAGUUAAGCGCAUGAGGGGAACACUUGUGCUCCCUCAGUAUUGAUAAACCAUAUGGACUUUUGCUGGGUGCUGGAGGAUAAUGUUUUUGAUUCCUGCCCAGUCAAAACACAUUUAGUGUGGGUAUUUUAUUAAGUGAAGAGGCUAGCUGACCAGCGCUUUCCCUACCAUGAUCUCCCAGCUCUCCCUCUAUCUCCUGCUCCGCCCGCUCUUCAGUUGCUAUAAUGGACUGUCCGCUUGCGAACGGGUCGACAUACCUAAACUUGAGCUUUGCGGCCUCUCAACAAGAAACACACACAGUAUGUACAGUACUGUAAUAGAAUGUUCAUGUAAAUUCUUUGAAAUAAGCUUUUUUUUCAAGGCAUUUUUAUAUUGUUAAAAAUAAAAAACACAAAACCGUACUUUUCUGUGUCUCAGACAUUUGACAAUGGCAGAUUACUUUAUGGUGUGUAUUUUACUUUAUUUUUUUGCCUGCCCUGUGGAGCAGCCACUUAUGCACCCACCGUCCCUCCCACACACACACACACACACACACACAGAUUAUAUACAUGCAUAUAUAUAUACACAUAAUUUUUCUAUCCUCUCUUUUUCUAGGUUUAAUGAAAAAAUACAGUGCUCCAUUUUAUGAUGCUGCUAGACAAAAGCUGAGUGUUGUACAUUUAGACUUAAUAAAACCGGUUUUAUGUGUUGUAAUUUGUACAUGGAAUCAGCUUUGUAUGAAUACUCUUUCAUAAUACUAUGUAUAUUAAACCCCUUUAAAUAAACUAUUUGGUAAACUA